UUGCAUAGACACUCCUAAAUAGACUUUUUUUACAUAAAAUUUAAAAAUAUACUAAUCUAGGUUAUUAGUCCAAAAAAAUAUAGGUCGUAUAUAGCGAUAUCAAUGUUGUAUACUGCAAAAUCAUCUAGUGAUCUCUCAUUAACUGACCUCGUCCGAGAUAUCAAAAUGUUUUUCGAAUUGUAUUGGCAAUAUUUUGUGAUGGGUUUGAUACUUUAUUUAGUAGUUAGGGGUGGAUAUGUAUUUUUCAAUAAGCAGCAGAAGAAGGACAAAUUGAGGAUGGAGAAGAAGGAUGAUGAUUGUAGAUCUUCGUUUGAACGUCCUUUAUUGUGCCAAAAAAAGAGCAGAAAUUAAUGGUUAAUUCCCUUUCUUCGUCGUCGUCCACAUCUUCCAUUGACGAAGAAGAUGAAGACCAUUUGUUACCAGCCCUUCCCAAAGAUCUAAACCACGUGCCCUUAGAAUUCGUUAAGCUACCUGUUGACGAGUGUCUAACAAGAUCUGAAGAGUUCUUUAAGCUAAUGAAUAAAAGAAGAACUGUGAGACAUUUUAGCGACGAAACAGUUCCAGUAGAGAUCAUUCAUAAUAUCAUUAGGACUGCAGGAACAGCUCCUAGUGGUGCCCACACUGAACCGUGGACUUACGUCGUAGUGAGCAAUCCUGAAAUAAAACAAAAAAUUAGAGAGAUAGUCGAAGCCGAAGAGGAAUUGAACUAUAAUAAGCGAAUGGGAAAGGUGUGGACUACUGAUUUAAAACCUUUCAAAACGAACUGGUUGAAAGAGUAUCUCACAGAAGCCCCUCAUCUCAUUUUAGUUUUUAAGCAACUAUACAGUUUUAGACCAGAUGGGAAGAAGAAGAUGCACUAUUACAAUGAACAGAGCGUUUCGUUAGCUACGGGAAUUUUAUUGGCAGCUAUACAUUAUGCUGGUCUAGUAUCCCUAACCUCGACACCUCUCAACUGUGGUCCAGCAUUGAGAACCCUUCUGGACAGACCCAAUUCCGAGAAACUCACGCUUCUAAUACCAGUGGGUUAUCCAAGAGAAGAUUGCCUGGUACCGGACCUAAAACGCAAAAGUUUAGAAGACAUUUUAGUAAAGUUUUAAAUAUGUCACAUUUGUGAACGAUUUGUUGAGUGUGUAAAUUUUUUAUAUACCUGAGGAUAUAUUAUGAGGAUUUUAUAUACCUCCAUAGAUUCUGACGGUAUACAUUGGUGAUACUUAUGCACAAUAGUUUAAGAUGGUUUUUGAAAAAGUACAAGUUUUAAAUGAAAUGUAUAUUGUGUAAGUAUAUACACCCAUACCUCGCUUUACGGCCUAGAUACGUUCCAAGAAACAUGGCCGCAAAGCGAAAUGCCGUGUAACGAAUCAAUUAUUAUAAUACAAAUUCAUAAAAAUUUAAUGGGAUCGGUUCCAAAUUUGUUAAAUAUUUAAAUCAAAAAUACAUACAAAAAAGCACAUACACUGGUAUAUAAAAUAAUAUUAGAUUCCAGAAACCAAAAAUAAUCUACAAACUCCAAGCUGUCUUGUUGUAUCUCCAUACAACGGGUAAAUGAUUUUUAUUUAGUCCUGUAAUAGUCCUUGGAUUUUUGGACAAAUUAGAAGUGGUUUUAGCUUAAAAUCACCAGGCAUUUGCACCAAGUAGCAAAGUUAAUCGUUCUUUAGACCAUUUAUAAACAGGCGCAGAUUUUUCGGUUCUCGAAAUGUACGUGCAAUCAGGCAUUUUCUUCCAACAAAGUCCUGUUUUGUCUACGUUAAACACUUGUUCAAGUUUAUAACCACCUUUUUCUAUAAUCCCCUUUAAAAUGUUAAGAUAUUCCUUAGAUGCGGCCUCAUCUCAUUUUAUUUUCAAAUUAUGCAUAAACAAGUGGAAAUAGAAAAGAGUGUGCAUCGAGAUUGCGUUUGCUCGAGAAUGACAACAUGGGGCCGUUAUAGCGAAACAUUUUAGGCCGUAAAUAGCAAAAUGCCGUAUACAGAGCGGCCGUAUAGCGAGGUAUGGGUGUAUUUGUUAUUUCUUUGAUGUAUUUAAUGAUUGAAAAAACAUUACCUACAAAAGAAUACUCAAAAUGUUUUUUAAUUUUAUAAGCAUCUGAACUUUGCCAUUAUUACUAACCUUCAUUGAUUACCAAGAGGGGUGUAAAUGCACCCCCAAUUUUUAUUUUAUUUAUUCACAUGUUUCGAGUGGCUAUAAAGGGUUAAGUGCAAUUAAAAAAUAGACAUACUUUUAUACCUCAAACAUUUAUUAUUUACAUGAAACUACCAAAACAAAGGUAAAAUGGGUCAAAACUAUUGAUCAAAUAAAUUAUGUUAUUAUUAAAUCAAUAAUGUAAUCAUCACACUUAUUCCACACAGUUUAAAUUUGUAAAUGCUUAUACAUUUAUACAAAUUGACUGCACCUUAUACACUUUAAAAAUUUUCUAAAUAAUAACGCCACUGUCUGCUCAUCACUUGGGGCAGUCAUUUUUCUCUUACAAUUAAUUCUUGCAGGAUUAGUGCAGUCACUGAAGGUUUUCACCUCCGAUUUCGUUGAACCUCCAUCGAUUUUCAUGAAAAUUGGUGAGUAGUUAGAGGAUACCUCAAGGAACAAAGGUGACAUGAUGUUAACUUGCGCUUUUACCCUGGGGGUGGAUGCCACCCCUUCUCGGGGGUGAAAAUUAUUUCAUUAAAAAUAAUACCACAAAUCGAUAGAGGGACAAAUUCUACGCAAAAUUUGUUAUAUAAAGUUAUUAAUAUAAAUCAAUACUUUUUGAGUUAUUAAAGAUCGAAGAUUUUAUUUUUUUCUUAAAAAAAAUGCAUGUUUUAAAGCUGUUAUUCACGUAUAACUCAAAAACUAUAAGCUUUUGCAAAAAAGUUAUUAUUACCAAAAUUAAAGAAAAUAGGAAAUUGAAUACAAUUUCUAUUUAAAGAACCUGAGACCCCUGAGACCUCUCUUCCAUGGUGUUGAUAUCGGCGUUAUCGAAAUGCCUCCCACUUUUGCAGGUAAAUAUUUUCUUACAUGAAAUGCCUCCCAGGUACAAUCGAAAUGCCUCCGCUUCGUUAAUCAUUUAAGCUGAUAUUUUGUCUAUUUAAUCUCUGUAUAAUGACACAAUGUUGCCAAAUCAUAAUUUAAAUAGGUAGUAUCUAUUUAUUUUGAUUUUUCUAAUUCUUAAUGCAGUGUAAAUAAAAAUUGUUUCACAUAAAUAAUUCAUAGUAGGUACGACAUACAUAUUUCUUUUUAGAAAAGAAAGUUGUUACCCGACAAUCUAAUAUCCAGCUUUUCUGGGUAAUUCCAAUUCCGAUUCUAAUCUCUUCCAUAUUUAUAAUUCCAUAAAUAUAGGUACUUUUACCUUAAUCUUUUUGUUUGUUUAUAUUCUCUGGGUAUUUUCUGGGUAAUUCCAAUUGCGAUUCUAAUCUCUUCUUAACGAAUCCAUGAAUAGGUACUUUUACCUUAAUCUUUUUAUUUGUUUAUAUUCUCUUUUGUAAAUUGUGCUAAUGGGCUAAAUGUUGUAAAAAUACUUGAAAGAUUAGUUCCUGCAUCAGUCAGUUUGUCUUUUUGAAGCUGUAGCUAAGCUCAAGUUUGUCUAUUUGUCAGUUCGUCGAUUUCAAGAUCAAAUUGUGUUUAAGUUAUAACAUCCGAAAUAAUGGAAUCAACGAUAAGUGUCAGUCAAAAGGGUAAACCUUUACUAUAUAUCAAUUGAUGGUUUUACAUUCGGUUUUCAAAAAAUGUUGGCCAAAGAUACAGUAAUACGGUGAACAUGUACUAAAAAAACCUGCAAAGCAUUUGUGAAAACACGGGGAUGUGAAAAUACUAUAAUUGAAAAUUGAAUCAAUAUUAGAUCAUAACCACGAGAAGUUGUCUGCCGAAGUUUACAAUAGAAAAACCGUAAGCAAUUCAAUAAAAAGAGCAGCCAUGGAAGAUCUCAGCGAAAAACCAAUGAAGCUCAUCUGUAAAGAACUUAAGAAGAUAAAUAUAGAGACAUUUACUAUCAAUGAUAUCAAUAGGGUGAGUCAAAAUUUAUAGUAUGCUAGAACCACAAAUUCUUUAAUUAAACUUCCCAAAAAUAUAUCUGAAUUUCAUAAAGCUCUCGAUUCAUCUUCUAUUAUUAGAUACAAAUAGAAAUGAAAAUUUUUUAAUUAAAAAUGACAAAGAUAAUCAUAUUGUUAUAUUAACAUGUUUUUCAAAUCUUCGUUUUCUUUCGACUGUUUGUAAUGGUAGGGGAGCAAAGUAUGCUAAAUGUGCAGUCACUCGAGCGCUUUGGGGACCUAUUGGGUUGUGAAGAGUAGGUCCUAAAACCAAAAAAAGUUAAGUAAAAUUUUCCCUUUUAGUGGGCGCUUGUCAUUUUUUAAUUUAAUUUUCCAUUUCCAACAAUCGUUUUUUCCGAUUAUAACGCCAUCUAUCCAUAAUUCGAAAAAAUAUUUCGAAUAAAAGUUACUUAUUUUUACGUAAGGAAUCCAAAUAUGCAAUAAAAAAAUGAGUGUUCCUAUUUAAGAUUUUAAAGUAACCCCCACCCCACCUCCGUGGGGGGUGGUGUUUGGUGGCAUUCGAUAGAUUUUUCAAAAAUAUUGAAUAAAUGUAUUUUACAGUUUUUCGAUCUGAUGUUCAUUUCGCGAAAUAUCGUGGGAUUAGUAAUUAAAAUAUUAAAUUUACCCCCCUCCCUCACCGUGGGAAGUCGUGUUUGGUAUCAUUCGAUAGAUUUUUAAAAAAUACUGAGAACAUAUUUUUUAGUUUUUCAAUCCGUCAUUUAUUUCGCGAAAUAUUCGCUUUUUUCUUGUGAAACUUUGGGACUCGGCCAUUUCCUUACGCCCGGCUCAAAUCGUCAGAUUUUUUAAAUAUACACUCUUUUGCAUGUACUUAACUUACCUUAUCUUAAUCUGACAAUUUGGAGUUUUUUUAAGGAUAGAUUUUUUUUUCGGGCUCCCCUUAACGAACCCCCUGUGUUAAGAGCCAAUAUAUGGUAGAGGUACAUCUACAGGGUACCAGGUUUCUCCCCAUAUGAUAAUCUGACGCGCUCGAGUAACUGCAAAAAUCCCCGCUUGGGCUCCCCUACCAUAAUAAUUGGUAUGUUGACGGAACUUUUGAAUACUGUCCUCGUUUUUUCACUCAAUUGUUUAGUAUACAUGGCUUGAAAAAUGGACAUUAUAUUCCUCUUGUCUUUUGUUUACUUCAAGAUAAAAAGUUAUCUUCAUAUUAUCUCGCUUUUAAGUAUAUCAUAGAAGAAUGUUUUAAAAUUAAUUGUCCUGUAUCCCCUAAAGUAAUAACUUCAGACUUUGAAAUUUCCAUUCAUAAUGGUAUUCGUAUGGCAUUACCUGAAGCAGAUCUUCAUGGAUGUCGUUUUCAUUUGGGUCAGGCAUGGUAUAGAAAGGUAAAGCACUGGGAUUAGCUCCAGAAUACCAGAAAAAAGGUGUUGACUCAACCGAUAUUACGCAUGUUCUGAUUUAUAUUUUUGGUCUUUCAUUCUUACAUCCUGAAGAUGUUAGUGAUUUUUUUGCUAUAGAUUUGGCAGAAAUUAAACCAGUCGAUGAAAGAGUCACCCAGUUUUGUGAUAGUCUUGUUGAUAAUUACAUAUCUGAAAAUUCGACAUUUCCUCCACAUCUCAGGGCUGAGCACUCUUCCUCCUUACAAAGAACCACAAACCCAUGCAAAAGUUUUCAUUUCAAGUAGGUAUAAUGCUUCUUUCUACUGCCCUCAUCCUAACAUUAAUAAUUUUAUUGAUAUAAUUUUACAAUUUCAAAUAAAUACCUACAUUAAAAUGAAUUCUGUUUCGACACCAAAAAAAAUGUUGCUGAAAGUACAGCAAAAAUAAAUUUUCUAAAUGAAAAAAUUUAAAAUUAAGAUAAUGUAAAAUAAAUAGAUUAGAAUUUGUCAAAGUAGUAUCAUAUAAAUUUAGGAAAAAUAUUUUUGAAAUUUUAUAUUUCUACAA